CAACAUCGCACAUGCGCGACUUUUGCUAUUUUAAGAACACGUAAAAAUUAGUAAAAAGACUUUCUGUUUCGGCUCACGUUGGAAUACACUUUUAAAUUAAAUUCAAAUUGUUUCAGAUACAUAGAUACUUGAAAACAGUUGCCAAGAUGGUAUCCAGUAAAUACAUAACAUCGUUGAUCAUAUUUCUUGGAAUCGUCUUAAUGUGGACACAGUUUUGCAGACAAAUGGAUUCCAGUUUAAACCAGGCAAGGUUGAAUCAAGACAAUAUAUUACUCCCAGGGUGUCGUUUGAGAGUUUAUUCAGAACAUUUACUGAUGGAAAAGGCUUUAAAGCCGUUGUUUAAAUUUGUUAUAUUGAUUUCAUAUUUUGUUGUUUUAUCAGGCUGUUUUUAUAAAUUAUUGAUUCAUGGCAGAUUGAAAUCCAAAGUGAUAAAUGGACAUGCUAGUCGACAAUUUUUUCAGUGGACUGUAAUGUCUUUAAAUGAUUAUAUUCGAGAUCGUAUGAAUAAUAAUCUCGGAAUGCAUGAAUUAAUGAAGUAUGAGUGGGCGAGGUACGAAUCUUUUAUGUUGUAUCCACAUACAGCAUCACUGUCUCCAUUAAAGCUUGCGCGCUCAGGUUUCUACUAUACCGGUGAAAAUAAAACCGUGAAAUGCUUUUGCUGUGGUGAACAGUUUGAUGCCAACGAUUAUGAAACAUUAAACGAAGCCCAUCAAAGUAAUUCGCGAAACUGCAGUUUUGCCAGAGGUGAAGACAGUUCAAAUAUUCCAAUAAAACAUUCUAGCAGGUCAGAUGAUUUUAAUGUUGGCACUAGGGAACAUGAAGAUAUGAUUCCUUGUAGAAAUCCAGAUUAUGUAACAGAAGAAUCAAGACGGCGAUCUUUUAGAACGUGGCCUCAUGAUUAUUUAAGAGGAACACAGAUGAUGGUAGAAGCUGGUUUGUUCUACACAGGUACUGGAGAUUUAGUUCGAUGUUAUCAUUGUGAUAUCGGAAUCCAUGACUGGUCGGACAAUGAUAAUCCUUUUGUUGAACAUGCUCGUUAUUCUCCACAUUGUCAUCAUGUGAGACAACAAAAUCAUAGAUUUCUUGCCCAAGUCUCCCGACAACUUGAUGCCGAUUUAAAUUUGCCAAUCAUUCAUUCUGGCGGAGAAGACAACAGAGGACAGUCAGGCAUAAUUCAGUGCAGAUAUACAAAUUAUGUAACGGAAGAAUCAAGACUAAGGUCUUUUACAAACUGGUCUCAUGAAAAUGAAAGACAAACGCAUGCGUUGGCAGACGCUGGUUUCUUCUAUGUAGGUAUACAGGACUGCGUUCGAUGUUAUUCCUGUGGAAUUGGAUUAAGAGGCUGGUCGGACGAUGAUGAUCCAUGGAUAGAACAUGUUCGUUUUUCUCCAGAAUGUCAGCAUGUGAGACAGCAAAAACCAGAAUUAAAUACUGAUCAUAGACAAGAAGAAAGUUCUUCAGACCUAAUUUCAAGUGAUAUGCGGAGCAAAUCAGUUCAGAUCUUAAAACAUAUGGGAUAUACUGAAGACAGAAUUCGUGAUGCUUUUAAUGACUUAAGGAGAUCAGGGAGAAAUGAGAUCACUCUAAAUGAUCUCCUUGAUAACAUAAAAAACACAGAACCGAACAUAUACAACCGUGACUCUCCGAGUUACAGAAUGUUGUGCACCAGAAUGAACGCUGCAAACAAUAGUGGGGACCAGAAUGAAUCACAAAUUGCGUCAGGACAACAGAACGAAAGACCGACAGAUACAGACACUUUACGACACAGAUUAACAUGUAAGGUUUGUUUGGACAAGGAAAUAUGCAUUGUGUUUUUACCAUGUGGACAUCUUGUAGCUUGUGAGGAUUGUGCUCGCAAUUUGCAGACAUGUGCAGUUUGCAGAGCUGAUAUCAGAGAAAGUGUCCGUACAUACUUUUAGCAUAAUCUUACCAGACACUAUAAGUAUGUGAAAAACGCUCGCUUUGGUUUUCAUAGAAUGAAUACUGUUUGUUAGAUGCAUGAUCUUGGAAUAUAAUAAAAGGAACAAUUAGCAUGAAACCGUUCUCUUUUUUUCAAUUACCUGCAAUUGGAGGCAGAUAACAUAAUGACAUAUGACUAAACAAAAGUUUAUUAGUUUUGAGUUAAUAUUCUUUUAUUAAUAAUGGUAAGCAAUUAUACUGUACAUUUAUAGAUUUCAGUAAAGCAUCUGAUUGUGUAAACCGAGAUAAUCUAUUGGCAAAAUUGUAAGAGGAACUAGUUUGAAUAUAUUAUUGUAUAUGGAUGUACAAAAGAAUAAGUCUU